CCAGUUUAUUGGCUCGUCUAUGGACUAUGGCCAUAAAAAAAAAGAAUUUUCUUAAAAUUUAGAAUCAUUAAAAGUAAAAUAAAAUCGAAAAAAUAGAGUGAAGGAGGAAGAGACUAAAACGCCUCCGUCGACCAUCGGAGAUCAUUCGACGGGGCGUUUAAGCCGCUGCAUUUUCGAUUCUUCAUUAAUUCUCCGACUUGAGAGCUCUUGUCUGUAAAAGAAAAGUGUAAUAAGUAACCCUAGAGGGAUUUUUAUUUGCGGAUAUGGAGAAGUUAAUGAGCAAGAUUCGAAAUUUGGAUGCGUAUCCGAAGGUCAACGAAGAUUUCUACAGCAGAACUCUCUCCGGUGGCGUGAUAACCCUCGCUUCCUCCAUUGUUAUGCUCUUGCUCUUCAUUUCCGAGCUCAGACUAUAUCUUCAUGCCGUAACUGAGACAAAGCUUGUGGUUGACACUUCAAGAGGAGAAACACUUCGUAUUAAUUUUGAUAUUACCUUUCCAGCACUUCCAUGUUCCAUUGUCAGUGUUGAUGCUAUGGACAUAAGUGGAGAGCAACACCUUGAUGUUAGACAUGACAUUAUCAAGAAAAGGAUAGAUUCUCAUGGUAAUGUAAUUGAAACAAGGCAGGAUGGUAUUGGUGGCCCAAAGAUUGAAAGACCCUUGCAAAGACAUGGCGGCAGGCUUGAGCACAAUGAGACAUAUUGUGGUUCAUGUUAUGGUGCUGAAUCAUCAGAUGACCACUGUUGCAACUCUUGUGAAGAUGUCCGUGAAGCCUAUAGAAAAAAGGGAUGGGCAGUGUCAAAUCCUGAUUUAAUGGACCAGUGCAAAAGAGAAGGGUUCCUUCAAAGAAUCAAAGAAGAAGACGGGGAAGGGUGUAAUUUAUAUGGGUUCUUGGAAGUUAACAAAGUGGCUGGAAAUUUCCAUUUUGCACCUGGAAAGAGUUUCCAACAGUCAAAUGUGCAUGUUCAUGAUCUACUUGCCUUCCAAAAGGAUAGCUUCAAUAUAAGCCACGAGAUCAAUAGAUUAGCUUUUGGAGACUAUUUUCCGGGGGCCAUGAACCCUCUUGAUGGCGUGAGAUGGACGCAGGAAACCCCUAAUGGAAUGUAUCAAUAUUUUCUCAAGGUAGUACCCACCGUAUAUACUGAUGUGAAUGGGUACACCAUACAGUCAAAUCAGUUCUCUGUAACUGAACACUUCAAGGGAUCAGGAGUUGGCCAACUUCAGACUCUUCCUGGAGUUUUCUUCUUUUAUGACCUUUCACCGAUCAAGGUGACUUUCACUGAGCAACAUGUUUCAUUCUUGCAUUUUCUGACAAGUGUUUGUGCAAUAGUGGGAGGGGUCUUCACUGUGUCGGGAAUAAUUGAUUCAUUCAUAUAUCAUGGUCAAAAGGCGAUUAAGAAGAAGAUGGAACUUGGUAAAUUCAGCUGAUGGGCUGUUUGGUAUCCUCCCCCGUCCACAUUUCAUGACCAACAUAAAUAGAGCAAACAGAAAACCGUAGCUUCAAGCCUUGCAUAUUGCGGCCUUACACUUUCAAAUACCCAGGUUUCGGCCACUGUACUAAGAGAAUAGAUCAACCUUUGUAGUUCUUUAUUCUUGAAUGCCAUUUCUUCUUUGUUUCUAUUUUUCUUGUACUCAUCCCAAUUCUUUCUUAGCUCUUUUGGUAAUUAAGUUAUUUUUUUGU